GCUUUCUUGCUUCCUUGCUAUUUCUCUUCUUUCUUUAUUAUUAUUACUAUUAUUUAUAAUUGUCCCCGCCCCCGGGCUUACUGAGCUAUCUCCACAAAGCUUGCGCUUGUAUCCUCCUCCGCAGAUUCUGUUCGUCAAUGGGGUGGUCAACACACACACACAGGGUCCUCUCGUCAGCACACAGCACUGCACAGCACUGCACAGAUCUAGUAGGGCUCGAUUGAAGCCUUCCUUCCUUCCUUCCUUCCUUCCUUCCUUCCCUUCACAGCUUGCAUCCCCCCUCCCAUCCUUCGCUUGACACGCUUUAUUGCUGAAUUGACGAUUUGAUUCUUAGUUUCGAGGUGGCGUUGUUUGAAGAUUUUUAGAGCUUGAUCCAGUAUGUCCUCGGUUACAGCGUAGUAGAUGAGUGCGGGUGUUUGGGUGUAUUGCAACAGUUAGCGAGCCAAUUGUUUUUGUUUUUUGUUUCGUUUUUCAUCCUUCUGUAGUGUUUCCUUUGAACGAUCGUUUGUUGGAUCGAGUGGAGGGUUAGAGGGGUGCCUGUACGAAGCGGAUGUUUCCAGGCCGGAGUGGGUUAUAUAUAAUUCGCGAGUGGAUCUGAAAUGUGGGGAGGACUGUGUUAAUGAGGUUUCCUCGGCGCAUGUCAUUGGCAUGCGAUGUCUGCGAAAAGGAAGGACCCUUGUUACUCUCCUAUCCUGCCAAAUUAAAGGUCUCGGGCAUCGGUUUCAUUUAGAUUUGACCGGCGUGACAACGCCUUGGGCGUGUGAGGGAAAAGAAGAGGUGUGCCUUCUUAGAAGGCAACUAUCCAAGUCUCUGUAGUGGAAUCAAGGCGAAUUAGUCGAAGCUAUCAAAGAGAUCAUCAGUCCCAUUGAUGCAGAACACUCUCCGGUCAGAUAUCGAGAACUCGGGUGAGGCGAGUGUAUACAACGUAACUUCAAUCAGAAUGAAAGAGGGUGAAUUACUGGCCGUGACGCUGGUGGCAGGAAACGAUCCUGCGUGUUCGAGCGUUCCGUGACGCGGUGGGACGAGCUUCUCGGUUGGUAAAUGCCAGAGGGGUUUCUUUGAUCUGAACAUACCCAGCCGUCUUAAGUUUUUAACUUUGACUCCAUUACUCAACACGUAGGGAAAUGCAGAUUUGAUCUUGAUACCCUUCUCUGGGUUUGAAAUUCAUGGCCGUGACCCGACCCUAAAUUGUUUGGACGAUUAACGUGAGAUAGCAUUGAGCACACUAAGAUCAUGACCGGGGUGUACUUCCUUGCCAAAGGUGGCUUGAGGGUGCCGAGUAACUAAGUCUGAGUGAGUGAGAGGUACAAGGUUUGAAACAGGACAAAAAUUUGAAAAAAAUAAAUACGAACUCUGUGGUCUGGAAGAGUAAGAGCGAAACCAUUCGAGCAGGUUUACAAUUCUUGUUUGUUCCUUUGAAGUGGAAAUGCUCGAUACCGAAGAGGGCCCGCCGGCCGUGCACUACCGUUCCGGCGAGGAUAGUGGUGAAGAGGGGCUUGCCGUUCUACCCAGACAUACCAAGGUCCUGGUCACGGGCAAUAAUCGCACCAAGUCCGUUCUUGUGGGACUCCAUGGCGUUGUUACGAAGGCUGUUGGUCUCGGAGGAUGGCACUGGCUGGUUCUCACGAAUGGUGAUGAAGUCAAGCUGCAGCGCAAUGCGUUGAGUGUAAUUGAAGCCCCUUCUGGUCACGAAGAACAUGAUGAGAACGAAGACAAUCCAUUUUCUAGUGGAACAAGUUUAGAAGAUAAUAUUCCUAGGAAUGCAUUCAAGCCCAGGGUUCAGCCGCGGAAGCCAUCCGUGACAAAUGCACGCAAUGCAAGUAUAACAGAUGAAGACGCUAUGGCAACUGAACAUGCCAAUUUCAGCCGGAUGUUUGAGAGGAGGGACGAGGUGGAUGAGGGGUCGAGUCCAAUAUCUGCAGUUCUACCGUCAGUGGAUCUUAGCAAGCUGGAAGUUGCUGCACUAAAGAGGUACCGCAGACAUUUUAAACUGGUGGAAGUAGGUCCAAACUCAACCAAGGAGCAGCUCCUUCAUGCUGUUGGCCGGCACUUCAUGUCACAGGAAUUGGACGAGACACAGGUCAUUUCAGCGUUUAUGCAAGCGGCGAAGCGUCCGAGGUCUUAGAACAGCGCAAUGCUGCCAUGGCUUCUACAAUUUAAGCUCUUCGCCGAUCUCAUCAAGCUUGGAAAUCAGGUGGGUGGUGGCAAAAGGAUGAAGAAAACGACAUAUGACGACGAUAUAUAUAUAUAUAUAUAUAUAUAUAUAUAUAUAUCUACAUAUCAUGGAGUGGUACGCCAACCCCUGCUGUCGAAGGGACUGUAAAGAGAACCCACCUUUUCUCAUCUGCUUGCUCUUGUAUCAUAAUCAAAGGAUUCUCUACUAUGUAAAGCCUAGAGGCUAAUAUCCAGUCGUAAGGUUGGAGCCUCGUCCCAAAGGGAUUUUGCACGUAAGGAUUUCAUCGGGUAACCUUUUUUUGGUAACGUCAUUUGUUCCAUCAUUUGUACAGCAGACGAAGAAGAAGAAGACGAAGAAGAAUCUCGGACAAAUAGAUAGGGUGGUCCUAGUUUUCUGGCUAAUUAAUGCCCUAAUUUUUAUCCUCUAAUUGCAGUGUACAGUAUCAUUUCAUGCUCUUGUGGCACUCUGCUUCACGUAUCACCUGUUUCAUAGAAGUGGAUGUCCCGUACAGGUCAAGCCAAUUUAUGCCACCCUUGUUCUAUUAUGGAAUCUUAUCAUCUUGAUCCUCAAGGUUGUAUAUUCUUACUAUUUUAAAGGAAUACCUUUUUUCCUUCUUUAUUUAUCCA